AUGGCUUUCAGGCGCCCAUUGACGCUGUCGGCAGCAUCAGCGUCGCUGCUCUCUCAGUCGACAAUCGCCGUUCGGUCUCGUACCGCUACGGCAUCCCGCUUUAAUGCUCUCCGAGCCUCGUCCAGCAGCUCGACCUCUGCGCUGGCCUACAAGGCAUUGCACCGCCGCUCACCCCUCACCCUGCCGGUUAACGAUGCCUCUCAGUGGGAUGCUCCCACUGCUGUCUCGUCCAUUCUGUAUGAGACUCCUGUGCCUCCGAGCAACCCUCCCAAGCGCCACGUUCUGAACUGCCUGGUUCAAAACGAGCCCGGUGUACUGUCCCGUGUGGCCGGUAUUCUAGCCGCCCGUGGCUUCAACAUUGACAGUCUGGUGGUGUGCAAUACUGAGGUUGAUGAUCUUUCCCGAAUGACCAUCGUGCUGCAGGGCCAGGAUGGUGUCGUCGAGCAGGCUCGUCGCCAGCUGGACGACCUUGUUCCCGUCUGGGCUGUCCUGGACUACACCGACUCUGCUCUGGUCCAGCGUGAGCUGCUGCUUGCCAAGGUCUCCAUCCUUGGUCCCGAGUUCUUCGAGGAGCUGCUCCAGCACCACCGCGAGAUCACUACUCCCGCUGAGUCCCUCGAGAAGGGCAGCCAGGGCCACGCCGCCCAGGAGAUUGAAUACCACCCUCGCAACCUGCCUCCCAGCCAGGCUCUGCGUCACAAGCAUGAGCAUCUGGAUGCUAUCACCCGCCUCACUCACCAAUUCGGCGGUAAGGUCCUGGAUAUCAGCAACAACAACUGCAUUGUUGAGGUCUCCGCCAAGCCCAGCCGUAUCGAUUCCUUCCUCAAGCUGAUUGGUCCCUUCGGUAUCCUUGAGUCGACCCGUACCGGUCUCAUGGCUCUGCCCCGUUCACCGCUGUCCGAGCAGACUGAGGAACUCGAGAAGGAUGCCGCCGACGUUGUCGAUGCCAGCACCCUGCCCCCUGGCUGA